GUUGUGGCUGCCGUCCGGAGAGCAGCAGUGUUGGAGGAGGGCUGGUGUGUGACGGACGCAGUGUCUCUCUGCUGUGGAAGAGAAACGGACUGAGGAGGCUGAGCUCCACAUUUGAGCGGCAGAUCUCGUCGGGAUAAACUCACACAGGAGAGGAGAGCGUGUGCGUAAAGACGCACGGAGAGAGUUACCCAAGAGUUUGACCAAGAGGGGACUCUGAACUACGAGACACGUUUCUGUCACCCUCUAUCAGCCCCUGUGUCUCUUAUUCUCUCGCAUCAUCGGAUCUUUUUCAACAUUUUAAACCGAGAAAGGACUUUUUAGAAUUAUUAGUCGCGCAAAUCCACUUUCACGCUCCGUGUUUGGUUUACUUUCUCUCCAUGGAUUUAGCCCUCUGAGCGGCCGGCUGUAGUGGACUUUGCCCAGGAGGGGGAUCGCAGCUCCUUCCCCCGGUCACCAGGAGAGCCCGGCAGCUGUCGUUCAUGUUCCACGGGGCUGUUUUUGAUGGAUUUAUAAGCUCGACUUCGCUUUCAGCCGGAUACACGACAGCCGCUCUCAGGCACAGCUUUGGUGAAGGAUACAGAGCUCCAAAUGAGGAUUUCAAUAUUCACUCUUAUCGACCGGGACAAGGAGUGACUUCCCCCGCGGCACCAGUCAUCAGACCGGGAGGAAAGGUUGGUGAAUACAGACUGAGACAGCUGGAGGGUUCAGAUUUAGAGACUUUGUGGGUUUCUGGAGUUUCCAAUGCCAGGGGCCGGAGUGUGAGGCGUUUAUUUCUACCCUUUUCAACCAGAAGACACACGUAAAGAAGAUGGAGAGGAUCUGCACAUUCUGCGUUCUCCUGCUCUGUUUGAUGGACAAAGUCUUAGCCAGGGCCAUCGACGAGGGAAGGACCAAAGAUCUUCGGAUCUCCAGGCCUCUGAUCGUGCCAGGUUACCCAGAAAACACCACGGGGGUGGUGGGUGGUCAGGUGAAGCUGGUGUGUAGAGUCCACCGGCCUGUGUCCACCAAGGUGCAGUGGCUGAAGACGGAGGUCAUCCAGGGAGGACCGCCUCGCCUCAGGGCUUUGACGGCCCUGCAGAGCAACGCGUCCAAGGUGAACACUUUGCAUCUGUCCAACAUCACGCUGGAGGAUGCAGGAGAGUACAUCUGCAUGGCCGAGAGCACCCACGCAGGACAGACGGUGCAGGCCAUGCAGACGGCGUGGCUGGAGGUCCUGCCUGGUACGAUCAUUUCUCGGACUGUGGAUCUGACUGCUGCAGACAUUCCUUCAGAUGUUCUGGAGGAUCUGAGUGAGGACACCACAGAACAUCUCCUGUUAGAGCCGGGAAACGUCCUGAAACUGCGCUGUGACACCAACACCAGGCCUGGCAUGGCGGUCAACUGGUACAAGGAGGGAGCCCGGGUUCUGCCCACGCCCCGCAUCCAGAUCCGUGGCGCCACCAUGGAGAUCACAGACAUGACAUAUGAGGACUCUGGUGUUUAUGUUUGCGUUCUCCGGGGAACCAAAGAGCCUGUGAGGAACUUCACUAUCACGGUGGCAGACUCGUUGGGGUCGGGGGACGAUGAUGAGGACAAUGGCUUGGAGGACUCAUCGGCUGAGAUUGAAAAUGACCAGGUUUACUUCUCUAGAGGUCCCUACUGGACCCACACCCAGCGGAUGGAGAAGAAGCUGUACGCUGUUCCUGCAGGCAACACGGUGAAGUUUCGUUGCCCGGCCAUGGGCAGCCCCAUGCCAAGCAUCCGCUGGCUAAAAAAUGGACGUGAAUUUAGAGGAGAACACCGUAUUGGGGGCAUCAAGCUGAGACACCAGCACUGGAGCCUGGUGAUGGAGAGUGUCGUGCCUUCAGACAGAGGAAACUACACCUGCGUGGUGGAGAACAAAUACGGCUCCAUCACUCACAGCUACGUCCUGGAUGUCCUCGAGCGUUCUCCACACAGGCCCAUCCUGCAGGCCGGUCUACCUGCAAACACCACAGCAGUGGUGGGCAGCGAUGUUCAGUUCCACUGUAAGGUCUACAGCGAUGCCCAGCCUCACAUUCAGUGGCUUAAACACAUAGAAAGGAAUGGCAGCCGCUACGGUUCUGAUGGAACGCCCUACGUCCGGGUCCUCAAGACCGGAAGUCUGAACAUGUCAGAGGUGGAGGUGCUCUACCUGUCCAAAGUUACCAUGGAGGAUGCAGGAGAGUACACUUGUCUGGCUGGAAAUUCAAUUGGAUUCGCUCACCAGUCGGCCUGGCUCACCGUUCUCUCAGAGGAGGAAGCAGCAGAUGCUAUGGACACCAUGGAGACCAAGUACACUGACAUCAUUAUCUAUGCCUGCGGUUUCCUGGCUCUGAUCAUGGCCAUCGUCAUCGUAGUGUUGUGCCGAAUGCAGGUUCAUCCCAGAAGGGAGCCGUUUGACGCCCUCCCUGUUCAGAAGCUCUCCAAGUUUCCUCUUCGCAGACAGUAUUCGGUGGAGUCCAACUCAUCAGGGAAGUCCAGUGCGUCGCUGAUGAGGGUGGCUCGCCUCUCGUCCAGCUGCUCCCCAAUGCUGGCUGGAGUCAUGGAGUUUGAAUUGCCCUACGAUCCUGACUGGGAGUUCCCCAGGGAGAAUUUAACGUUGGGCAAACCUCUAGGAGAAGGCUGCUUUGGUCAGGUGGUCAGAGCUGAGGCGUACGGCAUCAACAAGGACUCUCCGGAUCCGUCCUCCACUGUGGCGGUUAAGAUGCUCAAAGACGAUGCCACAGACAAAGAUCUGGCAGACCUCAUCUCGGAGAUGGAGCUGAUGAAGGUGAUGGACAAACACAAGAACAUCAUCAACCUGCUCGGAGUCUGCACACAGGAUGGCCCUCUGUAUGUGCUGGUGGAGUACGCCUCCAAAGGUAGUCUAAGGGAGUAUCUGCGGGCCCGGAGACCCCCAGGCAUGGACUACACCUUUGAUGUGACCAAGGUGCCUGAGGAGCAGCUCACCUUCAAAGACCUGCUGUCCUGCGCCUACCAGGUGGCCAGAGGGAUGGAGUACCUGGCUUCUAAAAGGUGCAUCCAUAGAGACCUGGCAGCCAGGAACGUUCUGGUGACUGAGGACAACGUGAUGAAGAUUGCCGACUUCGGCCUGGCCAGAGGAGUCCACCAGAUCGACUACUACAAGAAAACCACCAACGGACGACUGCCGGUGAAGUGGAUGGCACCAGAGGCUUUGUUCGACAGAGUCUACACACACCAGAGUGACGUGUGGUCGUUUGGCGUACUGAUGUGGGAGAUCUUCACACUGGGCGGCUCACCAUACCCUGGUAUCCCCGUGGAGGAGCUCUUCAAGCUGCUGAAGGAGGGACACCGCAUGGACAAACCCUCCAACUGCACACAUGAACUCUAUAUGAUGAUGCGUGAGUGCUGGCAUGCUGUUCCCACCCAGAGGCCGACCUUCAAACAGCUGGUGGAGGAGCUGGACAGAGUGCUGCUGUCCAUCUCUGACGAGUACUUGGACCUGUCGACGCCCUUCGAGCAGUACUCCCCGUCGUGUGAGGACACGUCCAGCUCCUGCUCCUCUGACAACGACUCUGUGUUCACCCAUGAUGCCCUGUCCACCGACCCCUGCCUCCUGGGCUACCAGGACGUGCGCUCUCGGAUAGACAUGAAGACGGCACUCCGAUAGACUCGCAACUGAAGGCACCCAUGCAUACACACAGACACAAACACAACACUAACACAUCCACUGGCGGCCAUAUUGGAGGUCCACUGCUGCAAAGUUAACUUAUCUUCAUGAAGUUUUUCACUGGACCUCCAUUAUGACUCCAGACAAAGCCCUUAGAUAUAGAUGGGCAUUCAUACACACACACAAAAACAUGUACGCACGUGGAGCACUGAGGCCAGUGGGCUUCAUCACCUGGUGAAGGUUUUAAGAGAAACAUUUCAUCGUGAGCAGAAGAAAAGAGGACAAACACAAUGUGGUACUUUGGAGGAUCAGCUCUGGCUCUGUGCCCAAGAACAGUUGCAAACAUUGGAAAACUGCGGCACUAAACCCAACAGAAGACGACCCUGGUACUCCUCAAAAUGCUUUCUGUGGUCAUCAGAGGCGACGGACUAUGAUCUCCUCACGCAACCCAAAACCAGGGCGUGAAACCUCGCUGAUAAAGACAUUUUUAACAAAAAAAAAAGAUUUAUUUUGCUAUGAUAAAAAAGAAGAAACUGAUUGUUAAAUAUAAAUCUCUCUAUAUAAGAUUAUUUUACUUUUGUGUUGCUUAUUUAAAAAAGAAAACGGUCUUAAAUCUCAGGAUCUCUUGUGCUAAGACGUUGCUGUAGUGGCAGCAAAGUGCCUGAAUUUACGAUUUCCUGUGAAUAUAUUAGAAUAUUAAAAUAUUGUAUGUACAUAUCAACAGCAGAAAGACGAUUGCCUUUUAUAAAUUAUUCUGAAUGACACGAAAAAUGAAGGUUAUUGGAGGCGAAGGGAGAGAGGAAUUGAACCAAGUGUUUCAAAGUGCCAAACCUGUCGCAGCUGUCUUUAUGUUCAGGUUUCACUCCAAAAUAUUCAGUCCUAAUCAUCUCCAAUGAUCUCCCAAAUUAAAACCCAGCAGCAGAGUCAUCACUAACUAACAGUAGAUGCUCUUACUUUUGUCAACAUUUUGUAAACGCCUGUAUUUUGACCAAAUUUGAAAAACAAAAGUCUCGUUUUCCAUCAACAGCUCAAACUUCUAAUGUGUGUGGUCAAAAACUGAUGCAUUGGACCUUUAAAGAUGAAUUCAACUUUGGAAAUUUUGGAAUGAAACCUCCAUUUGUCAUUUUGUUGUAAACUGCUUGACCUCCAGACCAGGGAAAACAAUUUGUGGUUAAAUACCAGAAGGAGUUCCAGUUCUUGUUGCUCUUGUUAGAUGAAAACCACCAGCUUGAAUGCAUUUCUUAAAGGGAUAGUUUUUUAAAUGGGGUUGCUUGGGGUACUUAUCCUGGAGCUGGAGUCCAACAUGGAAGCUCAGCCAUCUACUUCUGUGGAGGGGUCAGCAACAAAAUGUAUUUUAGCCUCCUGAAAAAAGUUCCACCAAAAUAUAUAUAUAUAUGUAUCAGUUAAGUGUACGCUAUGUUGAGAGUAUCUUCUAUACCUUAAACCAGACAGUGAUUUCCAUUGCCGACUGACAUCUCCUGUAUGUAAUAUACUGUCUGUGGAUAAGUACCUCAUUCAACCCCAUUUCAAAAAAAUCUGAACUAUCCCUUUAAAACCAGUUUUGAGAAAAGUCUCAAAGGUCACGAGACUCAUUCACAUGUUCAAACAACUAGUACACUUUUGAGACUUGGUCUUCCUCUAACAACAGCUUUGCUCUUUCAGUCUACAUGACCGCUUUGUCAGAGACAGUGUGUCCAGGCUGAGGACUCGACCUGAAAAGAGGACUGACGAUUCGGCAUUGGGGACUCUGUUGGGGAGCUGGCCCAAGCCCACUGUCACUGCUGACAAGGAGAGGGGGGCACUGAAUGUGAAAGCCAGUGUGAUUGAUUUCAAAUAGAGGAGAAUGGGGAGGGAGCCUCCUUUGUCUGGUUGUAACCCUUCACCCAGCCCAAUCUGUUGGCAAGGGGUCCUCAGGUCCGCAGCCUGGCCGGACAAUGAAGGCUUUGCAGGCUUAAUGGGUGUGACUACGGACCAGAGGGAGUUUUUGGCGGGGGUGGUGGUGGUGGUGGUGUGGGGAUAGCUUGGGCUUGUGUGCAAAUGAAGAGGCUCUUAUUAUGGUAAUGUGUCCUCUUCUCCCCCAAACGCCCCUAUCUUUAUCCCCACAGCCACCAUCUUUUAAAUUACAAAUCUUGAUUCAGAUUCGCUGCACCGGGACCAGCUGCAGAAAAUUCCCCUGUGGGGUAAAAAAUGCCAACUAAGUCCUGGUGCACCUCCUGAAUCUGACCAUGGACGAAACAAUUGAGACACAGACAAAAUAACCACUGACAGUCGAGUGGAAAUGACCAAACUCCCCAGAAGACAGAAAAAAUGUCUUGUUUUGUGAAAUUAAACUUCAUUCAUUUCAAAUGUCGCUGAUUUUAAGCUCACAGCCUCCUUGGUUCUCCUGAAACACGUUUCAUUUAGCUGAUUCCUGCAUCAUUCCUUGUGUCACUCCAUUUCUCUCUGGUCCCUUUAUUUCAUGUGUUGUAAAAAAAAAAUGGAGCAUUCCAAAAUGCUUUAAAUGCAUCAUCAUCAUCAUCAUCAUCAUCUCCCUGUGUGUAAAACCAGUUCCCUUUACUGUCAAUGAAGGAUUCAUGUAUCAUCUCUGCUUAUGUGUUAACUGUUCAUGCUGUCAUCCAGCAGCUGACUGUUGGUGUCUCAUUUUGGAAUGAAGCUCUUUUUACAUUUACAUCCACACACAAAUUGUCCGGAUACAUUGUCGUCUUUACAUUCCAGUUAUCUCCCAGAUACAAACUGUAAACAAUCACAGCGUUCUUAAACAUUUCCUCAAGAGAAUUAUUUUAGAAAUAUCUAAUUUAUUUGUUUAUUGUUUUGUUUUUAUAUGAAAUAAAGUAUAAUUUAAAAUAAA